AUGCGGAGUGUGAAUUUAGGUAUGCGCUGCAAGACUAAGUUUGAUUUGUUUUUGGCUUCUAUAUUGGGAGAUGACCCGCAGCUGGAGACAGACUUGAAGGCACAGCGCGUCGAGGUCUUCUCAGCAUUCCUCGAUAAUGAACAAUCACCAACAUACAAUUACAGAGAAGAGGUUAAGAAAAUGCUUAGACAAGGCCAGCAACGCUUGAUCGUUAACAUCGACGAUCUGCGUGACUACAGGAGAGACUAUGCAGAUGGAUUACUCAAGACACCUAACGAUUUCUUCCCUGCGCUGGAAGAUGCCCUGCACGGCGUAAUCCAAGUAGUCCACAAUCCAGACACAGACGAUAUCACCAACAAAUCUUAUUACUGUGGAUUGAGAGGUUCUUUCGGUGAUAAUCAUGUGAAUCCACGUACUCUACGCGCUAUGCAUAUUGGCAAUAUGAUUUCUUUGGAGGGUAUAGUUACGAGAUGCUCGCUUGUUCGCCCAAAAAUGUUAAAGAGCGUUCAUUAUUGCCCCACUACGCAAGAAUUUCACUCUAGAGAGUACAGAGACGCUCAAAUGCUUGGUAGCGCUCCUAUAACGACUUCAGUGAUUCCAACGACGGAUGAUUCCAACAACCCACUACAAACUGAGUUCGGUUUCUCCACUUUCAAAGAUCAGCAAAUGAUUUCAAUCCAAGAAAUGCCAGAAAGAGCUCCGGCAGGUCAACUUCCACGCAGCAUCGACGUACAAAUGUAUGACGAUAUGGUCGAUAAAGUUAAACCAGGCGACAGAAUACAGCUUGUUGGUGUCUAUAGAGCUAUCUCUGGUGGUGCUGGUACAUCAGCCACCGUGAAGACAGUCUUGCUCUCCAACAACGCCAUUUUGCUAUCUUCUAAAGCUGGUGGUGGUAUUGCACAGAUGAUGAUCACAGAUAGCGAUGUUAGACAAAUCAACAAACUAUCAAAGCGUAAGAAUAUAUUCAAUCUCCUCUCCCAAUCUCUCGCUCCGUCUAUCUACGGUCAUGAUUAUAUCAAAAAGGCCAUCUUGUUGCUCUUGUUAGGAGGACAGGAGAAAAAUUUGGACAACGGUACACAUAUUCGUGGUGAUAUCAACAUCCUCAUGGUCGGUGAUCCAUCAACCGCCAAAUCUCAGAUGCUCAGAUUUGUUCUCAACACUGCGCCACUCGCAAUCGCAACCACCGGUAGAGGAUCAUCUGGCGUUGGUUUAACAGCAGCUGUCAACACUGACAAAGAAACUGGUGAACGUAGACUAGAAGCUGGAGCGAUGGUUCUCGCAGAUCGCGGUGCCGUGUGUAUUGAUGAGUUUGACAAGAUGAGCGAUGUUGACAGAGUUGCUAUUCACGAAGUUAUGGAGCAGCAAACAGUGACUAUCGCCAAAGCUGGUAUACACACCUCAUUGAAUGCUAGAUGCUCAGUUGUUGCAGCUGCUAAUCCUAUUUACGGCCAGUAUGACGUACACAAGGAUCCACACAGAAACAUAGCUCUCCCAGACUCACUUCUAUCACGUUUCGAUUUGUUAUUCAUUGUUACUGAUGAUGUUGACGAGGAGCGCGAUAGAUUAAUGUCGGAGCACGUAUUGCGUAUGCACAGAUACCUCCAGCCAGGAGUUGAAGAAGGUACUCCAGCAGUAGACAAUCUCGACCAGGCGUUGGAUGUUGGUACACAAGCAGAAGAAGCAGUCGUUGAGACGCAACCAUUUGAGAAGUUUAACCCACUGUUGCAUGCUGGUGUCACUACCACUGUAGGCAAGGGCAAAAAUAAACGUAAGGAAGUACUGUCGAUCAACUUUGUGAAGAAAUACGUUCAGUAUGCAAAGAAUAGAAUCACGCCCCAGUUAACCAAAACUGCUUCAGAAUAUAUCGUCGAUGUCUACGCUGGAUUGAGAAACGAUGACCAGGCAGCCAACACACGUCGCACUACUCCAUUAACUGCACGUACAUUGGAGACGCUCAUUCGUUUAGCUACCGGCCACGCCAAAUCAAGACUAUCGCAGACUGUCGAUGAGGUUGAUGCACAAGCAGCAGAGGAGAUACUCAGGUUCGCCUUGUUCAAGGAAGUGAUCCGAACGACCAAGAGCAAAGGAGGCAAGAGUGAUGGAAAGAAGAAGCGUAAGCUCAACACUGGUAGUGGAGCAGUACCAAGCGAUUCAGAAAUGGAUGAGGACGACGGAGAAGCUGGCGAUGGAGAUGCUAGUGAGGAUAGCGAUGAUGACGAUGAUGAUAAGGAGCAGAUGCAGCAAGAAGGGAAUGAUGAAAACGAUGCUGCUGAAGCUGCUGCUAUGCUUGAUAAUUCUAUGAUGGACACCUCGAUGAACUUUGACGGCGGCGCUAGCACGAGAGCAACUCCUGCUCCUAGUGUGCCGCCUCGCUCUCGAGCACAGACUGUCGAGCAGGCGACACCUGCACCUGGGCAAACUUCUGCUUCUGGUGGUGAUGAACUCAAUCCACAGCGUGUCGCCCUUUUCAAAACCAACUUUGCUAACGCUUUGCAGUCGACAUUCGACGGUGAAGAGGCUGUUGGUGUCGAAGAUGCCGUACAAGAAGUCAAUAAGGGUCUCGGUACGGAUGCAUUGUUCGGUUCUACAGAAGCAUUGAAGGUUCUCGAACAAAUGAACACGGAGAACGAUAUCAUGUUAUCCGGUGGCAUAAUCUACAAAAUCUAG